CAGAAUGAAUGACAGUAAAAUUCAAGCGUGAAUUAGAUAGGUACUGUGGUACUUCGAUGUGAAUUAUCGUUGCGGAAAUCUGGAAUAAUAUUGUAAGGACAGUUUUUGAAAAAUAUUAUCGUGAAUAUUCGUGGGUUAGGACCAGCUGGAACACAAGAGAGAUGGCAGAUCGAGAAGAGUUGAUUUCGCAGUUUCGCGAUGUGACCGGCUCUGAUGCUGAGAGGGCACAAUUUUACCUAGACUCGUCCGCUUGGCAGCUCGAAGUUGCACUGGCUAGUUUCUACGAGACUGAUGAACCUUCAGAUUUGGUUAAUGAGUCCGUUGAAGACAUUGGUCCAGACGAUGAAACAGAGGAUCCACCUCGUCCCAAAGAGCCUACUCCAACGGAAAUUAAGCCAUCUCAUCUUCGAACAAAACCAAAGGCCAAAUUUGGAACUAUUGCUGACCUGCAAAACAGAGAUAGCAGUUCGGAAGAGGAAGAAGGACAGGCUUUCUAUGCCGGAGGUUCUGAGCAUAGUGGUCAACAAGUGCUGGGUCCAGGGAAAAAAAACGAUAUUAUUGGUGACAUGUUUAAAUCUUGUCAAGAACAAGGAGUUUCCUUAGAACCUAGGGCCGGCUCGCAACAACGACCAAGCACUUUUGGUGGAACUGGAUAUAAAUUAGGGCAAACGAGUAGUGACACUGAAGUAGUAACUCCAUCACCUUCGACUCAGCAAGGCAGCAAUACUGGGCUGAUAACUUUGAAGUUAUGGCGAGAAGGAUUUACUCUAAAUGAUGGAAAUAUUCGACCUUACAAUGAUGCAGGAAAUAGGGAAUUCUUGGCUGCUAUCAAACGGGGGGAGGUCCCAAUGGAAAUACGUCAAGAGGUACAAGGUGCCGAGGUAAGGCUGGACAUGGAAGAUCAUCGUCAUGAAGAAUUUGUACCUCCCAAGGUCAAAGUAAAGGCCUUUACAGGGAAGGGACACAUGCUAGGAAGCCCUUCACCAGCGACUGUAGGCAUUACUGUUCCCACAGUCAGUGCCACAGAUCAAGCUGCAAACGAGUCGCGAGCUAGGAGCGAAUUGAAUGUAGACUCUGCUCUACCAGUGACCACAAUCCAAAUUCGACUGGCUGAUGGUGGUAGUGUCAGAGCUCAAUUUAAUCUCACACACACUGUUGCUGAUGUCAGACAAUAUAUCUCAACCAUGAGACCUCAGUAUGCAGCUCAGAGCUUUAGCCUGUUGACUUCAUAUCCAAGUAAGGAAUUGACAGAGGAUAGUAAAACUAUUGAAGAGGCUGGAUUAAAAAAUUCUGCCAUAAUGCAACGACUGAAGUAGAGAAUGGUUCUGAAGAGUAAUACACUCGAAUUUGGUAAAGCUUGUGUAACUGUAAUUUCUAUGUACCAACGAAUAUACUUAUGAUGAUUUCCAAAUCAAA